AUGUUUUUCGGAGACACUCUCAACAUCAUUUUCCUCAGCUUUGCGGCUGUUGGGACCUUCUUCGCUCUCAUCAAUGUCUUUCUAUCGAUAAUAAAGCUGAGGGCUUUUGGCAGCCAUGGCCGCAGAACAAAGAGAUGGCUCAGAAUAUCUGCCAUACUUUUUUCCAUAUACAUGGCCAUACACUUGAGCAGCACCGUUCUUUGGAACACGGUAUGGGGGGAUCAGAGCUACAGCGUCGCAGCCUCUGAGCUUCCUGUGUUGGCGACUACGAUUGGCAGUCUAAGUUUCAGCGCCAUAGUGCACGCUCAACUCAAACUCACGUUCGAUCUAUACGAGAAGGAUACAGCUGAUAAUCGCAAUAAAUCCUUCGGCCUGUUCAUGAGUCCGCAAAGUCUCAACUUGAUAUACUUUGUUGUAUCUCACAUUCGCCUUUAUGCCGAGAAUCUCUCCCCUCGUGGCUUCCGGGUAGUCUCAGAUGUCUCGUCCAUCACAUAUAUGCUGGUGCCAUUUUUCAUCUGGGUGGCCUCCGUCAUAUCUUUAGUGUUCACUCUCAUUUAUGCGGCACGCACACAGGUGCCCGUUCCCAGGAGUACUUUUGGAUGUCUUCUUGCAUCAAGCAUACUCUCAGUCAUCCGGCAUACAUGGUCGGCAAUUCUCAACAUCCUUUACUUCGUGGCCUCACGAACAAACGGUCGGAUUUAUUUUGUGUUUCCUGAUUACUUCAGCAAUAUCAGCAUAGUUAUUACUGUCUGGUUUGCAGCUUUGUGCGUGUUGCUGUUGAUAAUUGGCGCUUCGAAGGGACUGCGAGGCCGCGAACCCUGGCGUGACGAAUAUUCGUACGGUCCUGCCGGAUCUGGUUAUCCACCUCUGGAACCGGCCCCCGUACAUAUGACGAACUAUGGCAGAGGAUAUUAG